AAUUGGAAUCGGACAAUUUGUUAAUGGAAGUUCAUUCUGAAACGUUAGACGAAAAGCUCGAAAAAUUACGAAGUAUUUUUUCGAUGUCUUGUUCACUAUGCUUAGAUGAUCCAAAGAUUCUUGCUUUGAUAGAUCCCAGUAUCAAAUUUCCCUCGAACGAGUUACUCGACGAUAUACUUAAUAUUGUUCCACACGAAGGCACUAUUGUACCAUACUCUUCGCAAUAUGUGCGCUUUAUCUUUUACGGUCAUCAGCCUAUACAAAUCAAAGUCGUUGCGCUUUGUGAAAUUCUUCGAGGACCUACCGAGAUAGUUAAUGUAUUCGCCAGUGCCGACAUCAUUGAAUAUUCUGUUGAUAGACAGAUCAUCGACUUCGGUCAACAGUCUUUUUCUAGAAGAGGAACGACUUGCCGAAGCACUGACUUGCUACUAUGGAAUUAAAGAAAUUCUAUUACCGUCUCGAAAACCCGGGGAGAGAAUGCCGUCGCUUUUAAUGGAAUUCUAUAAUAGUCUCAUGAGUGAGAUGGCGUACGCUUUGUCAGCGGAAAGAAUCGAAGAAAAAAAUAUCAUCGCGUCGAAUGAUAACAACGAUUUAUCAGAAUACAAGACUAGAAUACAAGAAACAAAGAAGUCAUCUAAUACAUCAAGCUCAUCUGUUCAGCAUUCACCAACUCAAAAGUCGAAGAUAAAUCUGCAAAAGGGGCCCAAUAUCGAUAAAUUCGAACUGGACUUUCCUCGUGAAUCGCCUAGAUUGCCAACAAGUGAUCCUGAAGAGCUUCAGAAUCUACUCCUCUGUUAUAUAGAAACUUUACGUAAAGAUCCUAAUUUCUAUAAAAGAAUAAAGGAUCCUGUAAAAAAUUUAUUCGAUACUCUUGAAACAAAGACAAUUUCACAACUUGAGAUAAUGGAUCCUUCACAACCAGUCAAAAAAAUCUGCAUUAUUUUUCACGGUGCACCAUUCACUGAAUAUCAAGAAACUGCGUGCAGAAGUGCUACAGUAUUGCAAGUGCCAUUAUUAAAUAUAGACAAAGUUAUCAUCGAAGGGAUCGCACUCGGUAAUAAUUGGUCUUCCAUUAAACUACGACAGAUUAUCGACGAAGCUUAUCAGGAACAUUUAUUAGCGUUCAAAAAACAUAAAUUGUCAACAAAAAAGAAAAUCGACAUCGAAAUGGAACAUGAACAAAAAAUAAUCGCGAAUGAAGAAUCACCUAAAGAAACAAAAUUAUUAAAAGCAACAAAAUUUGAAUCAGAAACGAUGACAGAAAUCGAUAAACAUACUGAGAAUGAUGCUCAGGAAUUAAUUAUUUCAUUUGAAUCGGAAUUUGCGAAGAUCCCAAGAGAAGAGGAUUUACAAUUUUUAGAUCCUGUGAGUCUUUACGAAUGUAAGAUCCAAACUAUUUUAUUAUUGCAUAAAAUUCCUGUAUAUUACACGGCGACAAUUGGAUCGAAAAUCAGUGAGAAAAAUCAGAAUAAUACUUUCCUCGGUAUUGAAAUUGACAUGUUUAUCGAAAUUCUUCAAGAAAGAUUAUCGUCAUCAGAUUUCAAGAGCGGUUUUAUUCUGCAAACUUUAAACAAUAUCUUCUUUGGAAGUGAUGUUAUCACGCUAAUCGCAUUACUGAAUAUAGUUGGAUACGUAGAAUAUUUAUUGUUUGUAACUUUUCUGAAUUCGAUGGAUAAUUAUAUUCAGAAAAUAGAAGAAUUGCAGGAAUUAAAAGCACAAAAAUUAGUGGAGGAAAUUGCUAAGAAAAUUCAAGAAAUUGAUGAAAUGUCAUUAUCUGAGUAUGAACUACUUGCGGAAGAUGAGAAAAAAUUCUAUUUGGAAUCAAUUUUACCAAGAAAAAAACAAGAAGCAUUACAAAGGCGAAUGCAAUUUAUACAACGGAUAACAGAACUGAGAAAAAGAAAAGUAUCGACUUAACUUUAGAACUCGCGAUUUAACUUUAGAAAAAUCUAAA